UGUACAUGUGUGUCUGCAGUAACACCGUGUUUACAUGUAACGGGAUCUACGGUGGCCGUGUGAGGUCAGAGCGCGUGUCCGCGGAGGGGCUGCGCUAGUAAUGGAGGGGGUCACAGUCGGCCAGGUAUUUGACGCGGAAUGUAUCCUCAGCAAACGGCCCAGGAAGGGGAAGUUUGAAUAUCUGGUGAAGUGGAGGGGGUGGUCGUCCAAACACAACAGUUGGGAACCAGAGGAAAACAUCUUGGACCCGAGGUUACUGGCAGCGUUUCACAAAAGAGAACAAGAGCGGGAGCUUCUGUUCCAGAAGAAAGGGAAGAGGCCGAGAGGGCGACCACGGAAGAUUCUGCCUGCGCCGACCACGACGAAGGACAGCCGCUCCUCGUCCUCCUCAUCCUCCGCCGUCUCGUCGGCAACCUCCUCCUCCUCAGAAGAUGAAGAUCACACAAAGAAGGCGAAGCCCGGCCCCCGUGUCCACCCCGUCCCCCAGAAGAGGCCCCAGAUCUUGCUUGUCAAACCCGACUCCCCCCUCAAAAAGAAGCGUGGAAGGAAGCCGCUCCACCCUGACGUGAGGGCGUUACGACAGGCGAAGAGCAGACCUCCUCCUCCUCCUCCUACUCCUCCACCUCCUCCUCCUCCUCCUCCCUCUCCCCCGUCGACUCCUCCUCCACGCCACCACCAGGUGCUCAGGCCGUCCAGAGACGAGCCUCGGCCUGGCGUGAAGAAGCCGCUGCAGCCGGCUAGCUUCACUUACACCGGCCUGAGCAGGAGCUCCAGAGACGGGUCUGGCUCUGCCUCCUCCGCCAGCGCCUUCUCUCAGGCCGCCGCCGCCGCCGCCGCCGCCGCCAAACCCGGAACACUCAGCUGCAUCUGGACCAACCGCUCGCUGUCCUCCUCUGCUCCGUCCUCCUCCCACCACAAAGCCACUCUGUCGCCACAAAGUAAGAACUCUGUGUCCGAGCUGAAGCGCUCCACGUCAGAAUCAGGCAGCGGCAGCUUCAAAGUGCUGAAACAAAGCGGCGGUUCAGCAUCAAUCAGUCUUCACAGCAGCUUCAGUGGCGGCCAGGCGGCGGCGCAGCGCUCCCAGCUGAGCCAGCGGAGGCAGGACGCUGUCAGAGGUCAGAGCAUGUUGGUUCAACACAAACAGCAGAACUCCGGUGUUUCCAAACAGUCAUCACUAUCCACACCUCGAGACCGAGCCAAUCAGGCGCUGAGCCUCCGAGCCCUCAACCUGCAGAGCGUCAGCAAAGCACCGGGCGCCGCCGGAUUCCAGGGCAACAACACAGGCAGCGCCGCAGCGUCACGGUCGAGCUUAAGGAGCGGCAGCAUCGUGAUUAAAGGAGGAGUGGCGAGUAUGAAAGAGACUCGAACAUCAGCGUCAGGGCAGCGCUCCGGUCUGACUGCAGGUGGCGCUGCAGAGCAGGGCAGGGGGAAAGACAUGCUGGCAGGAGGCAGUUCCGGCCGAGGGAGCAGCGGCGGGAGGCAGGAGGACAGGAAACACGGUGUGAACUCUCAGAGCCGCAGCCUGAACGAGCUCAGCACCGGAGACUCCGACGAGACCAGCAGCAGCGAAUCAGAGCACGGCGCCUCCCUGUAUCCCAGCAACAGCCGGCCCAGCCUCGGCAACAACGCCACCGAAUCGGACACAGAAACAGACUGGCGGCCGACCCGGAACCUUCUGGAGCACGUGUUCGUCACUGAUGUCACAGCCAACUUCAUCACGGUGACGGUGAAGGAGUCUCCCACCAGCGUGGGAUUCUUCAAUCCACGAAACCACUGAGGCCACGUUGACGCUGCGUCGACCCGCAGAGCUCAGCUGGAGCCGGCGCUCUCCUGCUGCAGCUCUCAGGGUUCCUCCGCCGCUCGUCUACAAACAGCUCGUCACUCUCAGACACUUUUACUCUUGGAGACGCACAAAACGUUUGAGAAGAACGACGUGACAGUUUCAUCAGGUGACGUCACAGGAGGAAACUCAACAGACGGAUCAUCACACGAAUCUCCUGUGGUCAAAUAUCUGUUGAAACAUCGUAGGAACUCUGAUGUUUAGACGUUAAAUUCAGUCUGUGUGGAGAAGAAAACGUCUCCAGAGUCUGGUCAACUAUUUAACAGCAGAAAGGAAACCCCUCUAGUGUUAGGGCGGGGUUUCAAUCUGCUGAUGGAUGUACGACGCCACCUCUCCAGUGCCUCAGGUUCCACUGCCGCCGCUCAGCCGCUCCCAGGAUGAGUUUGAUUUGGACGUCUGUGCUUGUCGGACCUGUAUCCAAACACAAUAUGUGGCUUUAUUUUCCAGAGCAGCAUGUUUUGAAAAUAUAUUAAAAAAAGAAAAAAAAGAAGUGAAGUCCGUCUGUGAUCCGUGAACUUUUAACCAUGAACAGAUCCCACGGGGUUUUUUAAAUCGUCUUUUUGUUGUUGGACCAAAGGUGUUUCGAAUGUGAACGCUCCUGUUUUUUAUUUUCUGAUUGUUCCCUGAACGACGCACAGCCGAUUCCUCGCCAUCGUCUCAGAACAGAGACGUUCCUGCAUCACAACAUUUCUCACUUUUAUACAGUUUUAAUACGUUGGUCGUUAUCGUCAGUGUCUUUCACAGGUGAAAUAUGUGUUAAUUUAUAUUGUAAAUAUGACUUGUUUUUUCAUGUUGAUCUUGAUCUGGUGCUCAUGUUGGUUUAUUAGCUUCAGACACGUGUAGCCUCUGAAAUAAACCAGAACAACCUGACGUCUGUCUGCGGCUGCUGUUCACACCUUCUCCAGCAGGUGGCGCUGUCAGGCAGCGACUGAAGCUGCCCAGUGUCAGAGGUCAGAGGUCACGGCAGCACAGACCUCCACACAUUAAAAGUUCGUGUUGAAGAACAAACAGCUUCAUCGAUGAGGGUUUUCAUAACUAUACAUGUUUUAUUCAUUAUUAUAGAAUUGUUGUUUCAUAAUGUGAGUAAAUUUAUUCACCUGGAGACCAAAUAAUCAAUUAUUGAUCAUCAAUCAACAUUAUAAUAAUCCUAUAUUAUGUAAAACCUUAAAGUACUUUAUAACAGAAUUGACAUGAAAUGAUAUUGACAAUGAAACAGGUUUAUUACUAAUUUAAUAAGUUGUAGGUUUAACUGAAAAUCUGCAGAAACACUGAUAAUAAACUGAGCAGGUGAAAUAAUCAGCUCAUCAAUGAAUGAUCAAUAAUAAACCACAUGAAUUUAUCUGUUUGAUAA